AAGUGGGAGGAAAGAGAGAGAGAGAAAGAGAAGGGAGAGAGAGAGAGUGGAAAAAACCAAAAAAGAAGAAAAAAAGAAAGACGCACGAAGGAGGGAGGAGCUUUGGGUUCCCGAUCUUCUCCGCCUAUUCUCUUUCCGUCUCCCUCUUUCAAGGGUUCUUUCUAUCCUCAUCACCGCACCACUGAACCGGGAGGGAAGAGAAGGAGGAGGAGAAGGAGGAAGAGGGGGAGAAGCAGAAAGGAAAGAAGAAGAAGAAGAGGGGCAAAAGUCCAAGAAAAGGGGAAAAGGCGAGAAGGGUCGUUCCGCCCUCUUAUCCACGACCCAACACUCAAUUUCCGAACGAAGGGGCGGCAACACAGAAAAAAACCAAUUAUUGGCACGAGGAGGACGCCGUGGAAUUCUUCUCCCUUCCCUUUCCUCUCAUUCUUUCUCCUUCUUUUAAUUAUUUUUUCGCUUUUUCUUGUCCCCAUCUCGGUCGGCCACGAUCGGAUCGCCGGAACCCUUUUUCAGCUAGAUCCGUCGCGGUCGGAAGGCAGGCGGCCUGUACCACGAAUCAUCUCUUUUCCCGGGCGAAUCGAGCAGCUUAGCUCAUUAAUUUGUCGUGAUUAAUCGAUGGAUGGGCCGGAAUAGGUAUGUUCUUCGCCAUGGAAUAGGUAACGGGUCAAGAUUCAUGGCUGAUUCCACCGCAAAUUGCUUCCCCAUCAGAGCAUCUUCCCUUGGGUCAUCCCUCUGAUUCGUUGCACCGAUAGAGGCGGCGCUUUCUUGCAAAGAUGAUGGACGUGGAUUCGGCUGCGGUGCCGGAAAGGGAUCAGCAGGAUGGUCAGAAUCAAAGUCCCGGCCAGAGCCAGAGCCAGAGCCAGAGCCAGAGCGCAUCUGGUUCCGUCCCUUCGCAAAGUCUCCACGGGGAACGCGACGAGCAAUUGCCAUCCCAUCAACAGCAGCAACAACAGCCGCAUUCCGCCGCAACUGUUGGCCCUAGGCCCGCUCCCACGUACAGUGUCGUAAAUGCUGUCCUCGAGAAGAAGGAAGAUGGCCCUGGUCCCCGAUGCGGUCACACACUGACUGCCGUUGCUGCCGUUGGGGAAGAAGGAUCCCCAGGUUAUGUUGGUCCUCGGCUAAUACUGUUUGGGGGCGCCACCGCUCUUGAGGGUAAUUCUGCGAUUUCUGGACCGCCGUCGUCCGGCGCAAGCACCGGAAUAAGGUUAGCUGGGGCUACUGCUGACGUCCAUUGUUAUGAUAUGCAUUCGAACAAAUGGUCAAGACUUUCGCCACUUGGAGAACCGCCAUCGCCUCGUGCUGCACAUGUUGCAACUGCUGUGGGUACGAUGGUCGUUAUUCAGGGUGGGAUCGGUCCAACUGGCUUGUCUGCGGAGGAUCUACAUGUUCUUGACCUGACACAGCAAAGACCUAGAUGGCACAGGGUGGUUGUUCAAGGUGCUGGCCCAGGUCCUCGAUAUGGCCAUGUGAUGGCUCUAGUUGGACAGCGGUUCCUGUUGGCUAUUGGUGGAAAUGAUGGAAAGCGUCCUUUGGCUGAUGUCUGGGCUUUAGAUACAGCUGCCAAGCCCUACGAGUGGAGGAAACUGGAGCCAGAAGGAGAAGGCCCACCUCCAUGCAUGUAUGCAACAGCAAGUGCACGUUCCGAUGGACUGCUUUUGCUUUGUGGAGGACGAGAUGCUAAUAGUGUGCCUCUGGCAAGUGCUUAUGGCUUGGCAAAGCAUAGGGAUGGUCGAUGGGAAUGGGCCAUUGCUCCUGGUGUUUCUCCAUCCCCUAGAUAUCAACAUGCUGCGGUUUUUGUUAAUGCACGAUUACAUGUUUCUGGUGGGGCACUUGGUGGUGGUCGUAUGGUGGAAGAUUCAUCUAGUGUGGCAGUUCUGGACACUGCAGCAGGAGUUUGGUGUGACACAAAGUCUGUUGUUACGACCCCUAGAACUGGCAGAUACAGUGCUGAUGCUGCUGGAGGGGAUGCAUCAGUUGAGCUAACAAGACGGUGCAGACAUGCUGCUGCUGCAGUUGGAGAUCUGAUCUUUAUAUAUGGUGGACUGCGUGGUGGAGUAUUGCUAGAUGACCUACUUGUUGCGGAAGACCUAGCUGCAGCUGAGACCACAAGUGCUGCUUCACAUGCAGCAGCAGCAGCAGCUGCUGCUAAUGUUCAAGUAGGGAAGUUGCCUGGAACAUAUCCAAUCAAUGAUGAAAGAAAGACACAAGCAGCACCUGAGUCAUCUCCUGAUGGUGCUGUUGUGUUGGGGAGUCCUGUUGCACCCCCAGUCAAUGGGGAUAUAUAUACUGAUAUAAGCACUGAAAAUGCUAUGAUGCAGGGCCAAAGGCGAUUAAGUAAAGGCGUAGAAUAUUUGGUUGAAGCUUCUGCAGCAGAAGCGGAAGCCAUAAGUGCUGCAUUAGCUGCUGCCAAAGCACGUCAAACUAAUGGCGAAAUGGAGCAACUUCCAGAUAGAGGAGAUCGUGGUGCAGAUGCUACACCAAGUGGGAAGCAGUUGUCCAGUUUAGUGAAAGUGUCAGAUUCUGCAGUUUCAAAUAAUGUGACACCUACUACAGUUCGGCUUCACCAUAGAGCUGUUGUUGUUGCUGCGGAAACUGGGGGAGCACUGGGUGGAAUGGUCAGACAACUGUCUAUUGAUCAGUUUGAAAAUGAAGGUAGGCGUGUUAGCUAUGGUACUCCAGAAAGUGCAAAUGCAGCAAGAAAACUUUUAGAUCGGCAAAUGUCUAUUAGCAGCGUUCCGAAGAAGGUUAUAGCACACCUUUUGAAGCCUCGUGGUUGGAAACCUCCUGUGCGGCGACAGUUCUUCUUAGAUUGCAAUGAGAUUGCUGACCUUUGUGAAAGUGCUGAGAGAAUCUUUUCUUGUGAGCCUAGUGUUUUGAAAAUUAAGGCUCCUGUAAAGAUUUUUGGUGAUCUCCAUGGUCAGUUUGGUGAUCUCAUGCGCCUCUUUGAUGAAUAUGGAUCUCCAUCAACGGCUGGAGAUAUAGCAUAUAUUGAUUACCUGUUCUUGGGAGAUUAUGUUGACCGAGGCCAACACAGCCUAGAAACCAUCUGUCUUUUGCUUGCUCUCAAGAUUGAGUAUCCACACAAUGUGCAUUUAAUUCGUGGGAAUCAUGAGGCUGCAGAUAUAAAUGCUCUAUUUGGUUUUCGGAUCGAGUGUAUUGAACGCAUGGGAGAACGAGAUGGCAUUUGGGCUUGGCACCGUAUAAACAGAUUAUUCAAUUGGCUUCCUUUGGCAGCUCUGAUUGAAAAGAAAAUUAUAUGCAUGCACGGAGGGAUUGGCCGAUCUAUAAAUCAUGUGGAGCAAAUCGAAAACCUGCAACGACCUAUAACUAUGGAAGCAGGUUCUGUGGUCCUCAUGGAUCUUCUUUGGUCUGACCCCACGGAGAAUGAUAGUGUUGAGGGCUUGCGUCCAAAUGCAAGGGGACCAGGAUUGGUUACUUUUGGGCCUGAUCGUGUAAUGGAAUUUUGCAACAAUAACGAUCUUCAGUUGAUUGUACGUGCACAUGAGUGUGUAAUGGAUGGUUUUGAGCGAUUUGCUCAAGGCCAUCUAAUUACUCUCUUCUCAGCUACCAACUACUGUGGUACUGCAAACAAUGCAGGAGCGAUCUUGGUUUUGGGGAGGGACCUUGUUGUUGUCCCAAAACUCAUUCAUCCUUUGCCACCAGCAAUUUCAUCACCAGACACGUCACCUGAACCUCAUAUUGAAGACACGUGGAUGCAGGAGCUUAAUGCUCACAGGCCACCGACACCAACAAGAGGCCGUCCUCAGGGUGCAAAUGAUCGUGGUCCACUUGCUUGGAUAUAGGCCCGUUGGUUUCAUGUCUUAUGCAGUGGCAGUUGGGCUCUCUAUUGUUCCAUGUUAUUGCUGUGGCUGCUCAUGUUAUGGGAGGAGUCCUUUGUAUACACGAUCAAAAACCCAUCUGAGAGGUUGGAGGGUUUCAUGGAGGGCAAUGGCAUGGUAUGCUUUCCACAUCUGAUGUGCUCCAUUCUGCCAGAUUACCUUGUAUUGUAAUGCAUAUUAAGGCAAUUCAAUUUGGAGGGAAAAAUUUCAAGUAACAUCAGAUGGUUGAGUUAUGUCAAGGGAUCUAGAGCUCUUUCAGCUGUUAAAGAGAUGCUGCAGGUGGCUUUUUAGAAAGCUGUCAGUCUUAUCACCCUCUUCAUUAACUAUUGGAAAGGCAUUUGGGCAGCACCACUUAGGCGGCUAAGUUUCUCUGUGUUCCAAUUGGAAAAUUGUACGCUAGUAGCUUUUCUAUUCUUUUCUCCUCUCUUCCGCCAUCACUUCUUUUACUCCUUCAAGGUGCUGACUGGUGAUUGUUUAUAUGCAAAGACGAAACCCUUUGUAGCUGAGCAUGUAUCAUAGUAUUGAAGAACUGCAACAGCACGGUGGCAUGUAUUUUUGUGCUGUUGUAUAUUAUAACUCUUGUGUGAAGUUGAAGAAGGUUGCAUGUAGAUUUUGUGUGGGACUUGGAAGAUGGGAGGGUUUGUGUAAAUAGUGGAGCGGUUCUCAUGGGCGCAUUCCAUUCUCUUUGGGAGGUGGUGUAUGUGAAGUUGAUCUGAAAGUUCACGUUGCUCCUUUGUUGUCUAUUGCAUUUGACCUUUUUCUUAUUGCUAUUGACUUCUCUUUGGUCAA